AUGGCGCUCCAGAACGCGUCAGAAAUUCCAGAAAGUUAUAACCGCUUACGCUUUAUAUACGAAGCGCUGUACAAUUCGAAGGCCAGGGUGUUGGUUCGUGACUAUAGCGUCAGACACCCUAUGUGGACCCCAGGACUCAUCCUUCGCCGGCGCGGUAAAGUGCUCUACAAGAUUCAAGUUGGUCCAGGCAAGUGGAUACGCCACGCGAACCAGAUCCGGCCGACAGAUGCGCCGAUCCUGCCCACACGACCGAGUGAGCUGAGUCUAGCAAUGCUUCUGGACACUUUGGAUCUCGGCACCAUCCCAGGAAGUCAAUCAGUUGCUUCGUCAGAGGCCCAGUUUAAGCACGAAUUACAACCGCGACGCUGA